UUUCCUUUCCCUCUUUUUUUUUAGAUUUAAACAUCAUUUGAUAUCCCUUAUUUCUACCAACUAAUGAAGAUACCAUUAUCGUUUCCGGCGCCUCUGUCGCCUCGGUCAUGGUCUAUCAAGACAUUGCAGUAUCCCCUUUUCAUGAUCCUGCUCGCAUUCGACUUUUAUGUGAUCCAAGUUCCAUCGUUAUGGAUUCGAUGUCUCUUAGCCGUUGCUCUGGUGGCAUCCUUCUUUAUACCAUAUAUUCGUCGAUUUACGAUCGCAGCCAUGCCGAUUUUCGUUUGGCUUAUCACCUUCUAUGCUUGUCAGUUCAUUCCCGACCAUUGGCGACCACAACACAUCUUUGUAAACAUUUUGCCCACCUUGGAACGAAUCCUCUAUGGAGCCAGUCUGUCAGAAAUCAUUUCGCAGCACCAGCACCCGGUUCUUGACGUGCUUGCCUGGAUCCCUUACGGCAUCAUUCAUUUUUCCUUCCCCUUUGUUUUUGCCACACUACUGUUCGUCUUUGGCCCGCCGGGAUGUGUGAAAGUGUUUGGUAAAGCAUUUGGAUUUAUGAAUCUCGCCGGCGUGCUGACCCAACUUCUUUUUCCUACGGCAUCACCUUGGUACGAGUUAAGCUAUGGCUCGGCUCCAGCUGAUUACUCCAUUCCAGGUCAACCUGGCGGCCUUGCUCGUAUUGAUGACAUUCUUGGAUUCAAGUUGUACGGCAACACCUUUGGCAAUUCUCCACUCGUCUUUGGGGCCUUUCCAUCCUUGCAUUCGGGUUGUGCGACCAUUGAGAUGCUAUUCCUUGCUUAUUUGUGUCCCAAACUCCGAAUUCUGUGCAUGGCUCAUGUGAUGUGGAUGUGGUGGUCGACGAUGUAUCUCACGCAUCAUUAUCUAAUCGAUCUGGUCGGCGGCUCGAUCUAUGCAAUCCUGGCUUAUUUUAUAGCUCGUCCUUACCUACCACCCAUUCGCAAAGAUUGCAGGACACGCCUAGACUAUCUCAACAUCAAAUCCGUCAGCUUUAUGAGCUUUUUAUCCAGCAUCGAAAUGGACGCUCCGGUGCCGGAAGCCACCGAUAUUGAACAGCCUCAAGAAGAAUACAAAGAAGCAGACCUCGUUGCUCACGUCGCCAUUACCAUGAACGAAGAUCCAGCCACGGUUCGCUUGCUGAAGGAGCCGCCCUAUGAGCUUCCGUCCCUACGUAUUGACGAACUUGACCAUAUUACGACUGGCAGCAGCAGUUUGUAUUCAUCACCUGCAUCACUAACCUCCGAUGGCACAUCCACUCCAUCCUGGUCAGAACCUUCCUCACCUCGAUCACUCGAAUCGUUUGAACAUUUUCCAUUUCAUACUAACCAAAAGUAAUUCUUCCUACUGAUCUGAAUUGCUUUUGGACUAACUUUCUACCCCCACAUACUUGUAAUUAUGUAUUCCGCAUUUUACUACUUACUCUACUACCACUUACUUUGUAAUUCCCAUAAUAAGCCUACUGUUACAUUAUUAGACAAUGUUUGUUCCCACCCUAGUGUUCAAAAUUUGACAACAUCAAGCGAGCGAGCAAGCAAGCAAAUAAUACCACUUUUUAAUUCUUCA